AUGAGCGACUCUAGGCGUCCCUAUCCGCUGCAUCGCGGUUCUUCGUCAAACCGACGUUCGGGUCAAGCGCAGGGUCAGAGCGAGCAAGAGCAGCAGCAUCCGCAUCAGAGCGCCACGGGUAGCGAAGCAGCUGAGCAAACCGAUACCGACUCCAUGGCAGCCAAUCCUCCCACCGACGAGGGCUCUUCCUCCGUAGGAUCGGUUCGGGGCAACGAGCGGGUCGGAUACAAUGGCCUUGAGGAGUGGAUUGAAGAUGAUAACGUAAGGCGCCCAAAUCCUCUCUUUCACGGCUAUCCCUACCCCCCGGACGAGUCCCCCUCUAGUCCCCCUCCCGCAACAGAUACGUCCCUCCCCCCUCAUACGGGCAUACGUCCUCUUCAGCCAGCUGCGAGUCCCUUCACUCCAACUCCAGGUCCACGUUAUGCGGGUACGGUGUUCCAGACCGAUACGCCUCGUCCUUCAGGACAUGCUGGUGUACGGCAGAAUCCCCUCCUCAACCCGUCUCCUCUCCAACAAGGCUCUGGCUCUACUCGUCCCAUUCGCCGGCCACGUGAACGGUCCCGCUUUGAGCAGAUGCUAGAGGAGGAGGAUCGGCGCGAGGAGGAGAGUUACCUGUCGUUGAUGGGCAACCGACCCCGUGCUCCGCGACUGCCGGCUCAAUCUAGCGCCCGACAGCAACCAAAAGAUGCCGCAGCGGGAAAGCGCAAGCGGCCCGAUGACUCUCCAGCCGAAGCUGACCCCCGUGGACCGGCGACACCGCAGCCGAACGCCCCGAGCAUCCAGAUAGCCCCCGCUACCACCGCUUUCCCUAGGCCGCCUAGUGAGCUUCGGGUCCAGGGCCGCCAGUACCGCAACGUCGAGGGAGUACCAGCAAACGCCAACCCCUUCGCCGGCCGCGAGCGCCUGAGGCAUCCAGUCCACGCUGGCGACGACGGCAGGGGCAAUGCGCCGGGCGGUGUCACGCGCGCUCUCGGUCCUCGUAACCCUCGCGGCAUCAACAUCUGGCACUUGUCGCAGGGCGGUUUGCGCAUGCGCUUGCCGGGGAACCGACGCCUCAUUCCUGCGGCUGGACGAGUUCACUGGAACGAGCUGUGGAGCAAUGCUCCACCAGACUUCGUGGAUCUUCGGUUGUUGGGUGGCAUUGAGCUGUCGACGGAGGAGCUGCUCACGUUCUUUCCAGCGCACCACAACUGGCACGACUACUAUCACCGCAUGCAAGAGGCGGGAUAUGCUCGAAGCCAGAUUGCAGGCUACAUCAACUGGGCGCGACAGCGUUGGUGUCCCGACGUGCUGCUCUCGAACUCGCUCUCCACCUACGUCGAGCACGUCGAGCGAACCUUCCACCAGCCCCAGAAUGGCGAACCCCCGCUGUGCCCGCGCGACACCCCCGUCACCGACUUCACGGUCCAGCACUGGACUCCUUCACCCCAGAUGAACCGCACCGACCAAGACAAUAUGACCGACUACCCGGUCAUCGAACUUGCGCGGGGUGUCGAUCUGACUCGGCUUCCGAGCGGCGAAGGCCGGCGUCUGCUGACCCGUGUCCUCGAGGAGGUAAUCCGCACGGGCGAUCACCGACUCAUGCUGAGCGAGGUGCAAGACUACGUUGUGGUGAACGGGCUGGACGUGGGUUUGACGCCGAUGAGGGCUAGUGCGGACACGGACGCGGCGGAUAGCCAUCGCGACAUGAUUCGCCAGGACCGAGUGAGAAUUGGGGAGCAUGCAAGGGCCAAUGGACACAAGUUCAACUAA